AUGAAGCACCCGUUCCAGAUCAUAGUGGCCGAUACCACGGGCCGGUAUUUGUUCACAACUGUCAAGAAUGUCUUGUUAGUGAUAGACUUGACUUCAGGUAAGCUUGUGGGCCAAUGGAAGGACGAAUUGGACAACAGUGAUUUUUUGAAGAAAAAGUACGAAGAGAAAUUUGAUAAGGAAAACGACUCGAAACGCCAAAAAUCAGAGUCAGGGCAAGCCAAGGUUUCCAAGAUUCCUACUCCUGGUCCAGGGGCACCUCCCAUCUACAAUUAUAUCAGAGCAUUGAGACUCUCUUCAGAUGAAAAGUACCUAUUUGCAACCACGGACAGCGACAAAGCUGUAGUUAUUUUCACCAUAGACCACUCUAAGGACAACUGCCUUGAGCUCAAGAAACGCCAGCCUUUUUCAAAGCGUCCGUGUGCCUUGUCGGUCGAUGAGGACCGGUUGGUGGUGGCCGACAAAUUCGGAGACGUUUAUUCGAUUGCAAUUGAAGACGAUCAAGUUGUGAACGAAAAGGAGUUGACUCCGAUAUUGGGCCAUGUAUCCAUGUUGAGCGAUGUUGCAAUUGUUAGCAAUGACAAGAAAAAGUUUAUCAUCACUGGUGACAGAGAUGAACACAUUCGGAUCUCAAAUUACCCCAAAUCUUUCGUGAUCAAAAACUUUCUUUUUGGCCACCAUGAGUUCGUUUCGUGCUUACACGUGCCUAACUUUGACCAAAGCUUGCUUAUAAGUGGAGGUGGAGACGAUUAUCUUUGCUUAUGGCGUUGGUAUGAGGGCCAGCUUGUUGCCAAGAUUGAACUUCGUGAGUUAAUUGCACCCUUUUUGACCGACUCCCACUUACCACCAGAGAGAUUUCUCACUGAAACUUCGCCAAAGGAGAUCUCGGUUGCCAGAAUCUUGACUUUCACUAAUAAGAAAACCGGCCUCAACAUCUUGGUAGUUUUAUGUGAACAGACAAAAGCAGUUCUCCUUUUCGAAAUCGACGCCAAGCUUUCGGUGCGCCAUUUGCAGACCAUUUCCUACGAAGAUAAUGUCCUCGACAUGUGCUACAUUGAAGCUACAAACACUCUUAUCAGCGCUCAUGAUUCCGACAAAAACCAACUUUUCCAGCAACAGAAAUUUGACGAGGAAACCAACAACUUUACACCUACAACAGAAACCAUGGAUGCUGUGGCAGAGCUCAACCCUAUAGAUGUCAACUCCAGAAAUGACUUCUUACCAUUGUACUAUAUUAACACACUUCGUAAGAGAAGUGAACAUUAA